CAAGGAGGGGAGGGGAGGGUCACCAUUAAUGGAGUUAGAGGAAAUGUAUUUUUUGUUCCGGUUGAAGGGGCAGAGAAGUGGUGUUUAAGUUUUGUUUUUUUUUUCAUUUUUUUUACUUUAAAAUAAUUUCUUAAAUUUUUUUUACUUUAUAAUAUAAUGUUUAAAUAAUUUUUUGGAUUAAAAAAUAACACAUUUCAUUAUUUAAUUGGUCAAAUUGACAUGUCAGCGCGAGUGUAUUUCACACAUUCUCUUUUUUUGUUUAUUCUCGAAAAAAUGUUCAAAUGGUUUAAAUUCAGAAUGGUUAAAGUGUUCAAUAGGUAGUACGUCUAGUUGAGGUGUCUAAAUGAAUAAUCGGGACAAGUUUGAGUGGCCGCAUAUGACUUUGGCCUAAAAUAUAUAUAAAAAAAAAUGUGUUCCUAUAUAUAUUAUGUAUAUAUAAGCCAAUUAAACAGAAACUUGUGUAUAGUUAGUUCGUGAACAAAAGAAACGUAGAAGAAAAAAAAAAUAAUCUAAGAAUGGGUUCAAUUAAUGAAGCAAGAAAGCCUCAUGCUGUUCUUCUCCCUUAUCCAUCACAAGGACAUGUUACUCCCAUGAUGUCACUAGCAAAACUUCUUCAUUCAAGAGGCUUUCAUAUAACAUUUGUAAACACUGAAUUCAACCACAAACGUCUCAUUCAAUCCAAAGGUGUUGAUUCAGUGAAAGGUUUGCUUGAUUUCAAAUUCGCGACGAUCACAGAUGGAAUGCCAGCAUCAGAUGAGAACGCGACUCAGGAUAUAACAUUACUUUGUGAUACAACUCGAAAGACCUGUUUAGUUCCGUUUAAAAAGCUUCUUACUAAGCUCAAUUCUGGUGAGGUACCACCAGUUAGCUGUGUAAUUUCAGAUGGAGUUAUGACGUUUGGCAUUAGGGCUGCUCAAGAUUUGGGCAUUCCGGAUGUUACUUUCUGGACUGCUUCUGUUUGUGCCUUCGUUGGAUAUUUGCAUUAUCGUCAACUUAUCAAACGAGGAAUUUUCCCAUUCAAAAAUGAUAACUACCUCAUAGAUGGCACUCUUGACACACCAAUAGAUUGGAUUCCUGGAAUGAAGGAUGUUAAACUCAAAGAUCUUCCCAGCUUCCUUAGAACUACGGAUCCUAAUGAUAUAAUGUUCGAUUUCAUGGGAGAGGAAGCACAAAAUUGCCUCAAAGCAUCUGCCAUUAUGUUCAACACGUUCGAGGAAUUGGAGCCCGAAUUAUUACAAACUAUAGUCUCAAAUUUCAAUUUCUAUAAUAUUUACUCGAUAGGGCCACUCGGCCCCUUGCUGAGAAAACAUGUCCCUCAUCAUAGCCAAGUUCUAUCGCUCAACUCAAGCUUAUGGAAACCGGACACCACAAUUUUUGAGUGGUUACAUAACAGAGAUAUCGACUCUGUUUUGUAUGUUAACUAUGGAAGUGUGACAACAAUGACCAAUGAUCAUUUCUUGGAAUUCGCGUGGGGUCUUGCCAAUAGCAAGCAACAAUUUUUAUGGAUAGUUCGUCAAGAUAUUAUCAAGGGUGAAUCAGCCACAUUGUCUGAGGAAUUUCUUGAGGAGAUUAAGGAUAGGGGUAUAUUAGUGAAUUGGUGUGCACAAGAACAAGUGCUACGCCACCCGGCAGUGGGUGCAUUCUUGACUCAUUGUGGAUGGAACUCGAUGAUGGAAACCAUAUCUGAAGGUGUACCGGUCAUUUGUUGGCCUUUCUUCUCGGAUCAACAAACGAAUUGUCACUACUCGUGUGAAAAAUGGGGGAUCGGGAUGGAAGUUAAUCAUGAUGUGAAACGAGAAGAAGUGGCGAAACUGGUGAGUGAGAUGAUGGUAGGGGAAAAGGGGAAGGAGAUGAGGUCCAAGGCUAGAGAAUGGAAGAUGAAAGCUAAAGAAGCCACUGAUGUUGGAGGAUCAUCUUUUCAAGGAUUUCUCAAGUUAGUCAAAGCAAUGUUUUGAACUAGUAGAUGAUACAUAGUUUAUAAUCAGUAUAAUGCAAUUCACGGUUUAUUGCUAAUUGGAAAUGUUAUUUUAUUGUAUGAAGUUUAGUAUUUCGGUUAUAGAUUGUAAACCAAAAAUAAAUCAUCAUAAUCUUACUCCAUGAGUACUUUGGAACAUCAC